CUGGGCUACCUUGGUCGUGCCGCCCAUCUGCGAUUGCCUCUCUUGCCAGUUGAAGCGGCCAGUCGGACUGUGGACUCUGUCCGAAGCUGAUCGUUCUACUACGUGACUCUCGCGUGUUUCUCUGAUUGUUCCGUGUUGUUUCGGUUGCCGACAUACUUUCCGUUGAUUUUUGUUUCGCCAGUUAUCGGACUGAAUACGCCUCGUCUAGCACUGCGUACGUGCCACUUCUUGCCAAAAAGUGUCGUGUUGUGUUGGACAAUAGACAGACGAUUGGCCAAAGAAAACAACACAACAACAAAACAAAAAACAAACACAUUUUUUUCUCUCGCCAAGUGGCCGACUUUCGAAUAGAAUUCGUUCGUUCGUUUCACCUGCAGCCUGUCUGAUUUUGACUAUCUCCUCACUCCAUAUAGACAUACACUUCUUGGGUGUGUCAUCCUACUUUGUGUCUUUUUUUUGUGUGUGUGUGUGUGUGUGUGUCUAUUCUCCAUUUUGGUGCGGUAGAAACAUUUUGGUUUUGGUUUUUUAUUGUUGUUGUUUUCUUUCUCUUUUUCCUUUUUUGUGGCGUCUGUGUGUCGUGCGAUUUGCCGUGGUUUACCUGCGUGACAAGUGAGGAGGAACACAAGAAGAAAAGAAAACUCGUUUUCCGGUUUCUCUUGGUUCGAACGUGUAUGCGAGUGACCCCCAAGUGCUAAAACUCGUCCCACCUCCCCCCCUUCAAAAAAAAAUAUAAUUAAAUUAAAUUAAAUUAAAAUAAAAGGAUCUUUGCAUAUCGAAAUAGUUGCACAAGCACGUGACCGAGCGGGGGGGAAUCGACGACUCUUAUUGGGGGGGGCUUAGGCGAGAAAUGAUAACAGCCUCCUCGUCGGUCCAGUCGCAAGUGUCGACGGGCAACAAGAUUCGCAACUCGCCUCUGUCGUUCAGCAUGUCUCUAUCGCCCGGCGCAGCCAGUUCUGCUAGCCCGGCAUCAUCAGUGGCCGAUUCAGCGGCAUCGGGAGUAUCGGCAACGGGAGUCGGCAGAUCCGCUACGCCCAGCCCGGACAGGAACAACUUGUCGUUGGAUCACCGUCGUAGUCCAGUAGGUCGAUCGCAUCACUUGGGUGCCGGACAUCCGCACGACCUUUCCUAUCCGAUUCGCCGGCCGAGUUCAGCCAACAGCCCGCCCGUCCGCGACAGCCCACCCAGCCGGGAAGCCAGCCAUUCGGCCGCCCUGCAGGCCUCACUGUCCGGAUCGCUUCACGGGCCCAGCAUGUCGUCGUCCAUGUCGUUCGCCGCUCUGCACGCCGCCGCCGCCGCCGCCGCCGCCAAUCAGAACGCCCUGCUGCACGGCAAAGGCGGCCUCCUCGGCGGUAUGGGUCCCGGCGUGCCCGUUUCGUUGGCUGGAUUGACGGGCAUCCCGGGCAUGCCGGACGGAUAUCACCCGGGACUUUAUCUGGGCCAUCCGGCAGCCGCGGCCGCGGCGGCUGCAGCUGCCGCCGCUGCCAAUAUGCAAAACGCCGAGCGUUCUCUAUACGGCCAUCACCACCACGGCGGCCACUCGCACGCCAUGCACUCCGCAGGUGGGCACGGCAACAGCCAUCACCACAAUGACAGAUCGCCGUACAGCAGCCACAGCCCCCCGCCCAUUUCCAGCAGCGAUCCGACGGCCAACGAGUGCAAAUUAGUCGACUACCGCAAUCAGAAGGUGGCCGCCUUCGUGAUCCACGGCGAGACGAUGCUCUGUCUGCCGCAAGCCUUCGAGCUGUUCCUCAAACACCUCGUCGGAGGCCUGCACACUGUUUACACGAAACUCAAGCGGCUGGACAUAGUGCCGCUCGUUUGCAACGUCGAACAGGUGCGCAUCUUGCGCGGCCUCGGUGCCAUCCAGCCGGGCGUCAAUCGCUGCAAGUUGCUCUCCUGCAAAGACUUUGACAUCCUCUACAGAGACUGCACAACUGCCAGUUCCAGGCCCGGCCGACCCCCGAAACGAUCUCCGUUGAUGGGUAUCACUUCACCACAACACGACGUCCUAAUGAAGAUGAAGAAGCCUCGUCUGGAUAACGGCGACUACAUGCCCUACGAGAACGGUCACAACACAGAAUCGCGCGGAAUGGAAAAGUCUCCACUUCUGGCCAACGGGUACAAUCCUCCGCCUACCCACCUGAAUCCGAUGCAAUUCAUGGCGCUGAAUCACGCUGCCCAGCAGGCUGCCGCCGCCGCCGCCCAGCAUGCUCUACUCGGCUCACCUGGCUCCACCAUGCACCAGGCUGGACUGCAGGCCGGCCUCAAUCUAGCAGGUGCCAAUCACCACGGGCUGGCUUCUCACAGCCAGGCGUCCGCCAACUACGCGGCUCACCACAGCGCAGCAGCUGCGGCCGCUGGCCACGCCAUCAUCAACCGGCCAGAGUCGGAUGCUGUCAGCAAAGGAUCUUCCUCCGUCGAUCCCAUGAUGGCCGCCAGAAGUGGAUUCUGGGAGAAUUGUCGUGCCGCUUACGAAGACGUCGUCAAACACCUGGAACGAUUGAAGGACGAUCGGUCGGAAUCGGAAAAGACAAGUUCUACUUUGGACGCCAAAGCCCGUGACCAUCAUCAGCAUCACAACGGAUCCAGCGCUAGUCCCGUUCUCAAUUUAUCGAAAGGUUGCGAAGGUGUCAACAAUAACGCCUCGGUCAGCAACGAAGAUAAGGAGAUUGAACAUCAUCAACAUAGUCACCAGGAUCUUCUGGCCGUCCGGGAUGGUCUUCAGCAAGAGGAGGAAGCCAGACGGGUUGCCGAAGAGGAAAGUGCCGGCAGCAGUGGCGGCGAAGAGCUGCCCUCUCCUCGGCCACAUCAUCAUCACGCGCUGGUGCAUCACCCCUCACUGCGCCGCCACGACGGUGACGAUGACCACAGUGACGUCAACGACGAUGACGAUGUCGACGAAGAAAAACACGAAACAAGCGACGAAAUGGAGAGAGAUGGGUCGUCCAGUCCGCGUCAUAGCGACAAAAGCCAAUCGCAAACAGCGGCCGCCACGGCUCGUGCAUCGUCCGCUUCGGCCCAGGCAGCCGCAGCUUCAGCAGCUUUCAAUUACUCGGCUUUUUUGAACGCUUCAGUCGGCGGAGGCGAUUCCGUCAUGCUCGGCUCCACUGAGAAUCUUCUUCGCAACAUCCAGGGUCUUCUCAAGGUGGCCGCAGAGAACGCCCGCCAACAGGAUCGGCAGGCCAACUACGAAAAAGCCGAGCUGAAAAUGGAAAUCCUACGCGAGCGGGAGUUGCGGGAAAGCAUCGAGAAGCAGAUGAUGGAAGAUCAACGUUCACGAGUGCUCUACCAAAAGCGUCUGAAAAAAGAACGUCGAGCCCGUCGCAAGCUUGCCGAUCAACUAGAGUUGGAAACCAAACGCCGGUGCCAGUUUGAGGAGGCUCUAAAGACGACCUCCUCAGAAACAUUUCUUGUGAUAAGCGAAAAACUCAAUCAAGAGAUCGAUCAAGAACGGAAAGGACAACAGCAGCAGCCUUCGUCCCAGACAACGGAAAAUAACGAGACGGACAACACGAUUGAAAAUCGUGGAGUCUACUACAAGAAUUCUCUUCUUUUCACUAACGCGUCGUAAAAAUGUUACAUCCUGGUUCGGCUACGUGAAACAACUUUCCCCUUUCAAAAGUCUAUUUAUGUCCCCAUGGUCUGCAUUGGUCGAUUUGGUGUCGGAAUCCUAAAAUCAGCGCAGAAAAACAUCUCCAAGGAACCACCGGUUGAAGACGUCCAGUGAAAUGAUACAAGCUGACAUUAAAAGUCGUGCAUCAUUUCUAUCGAUGCAUCGCAAUGAUGUCCACUUUGUCGCGGAAUCGUUCGUACUAUAUAGAUUACUUACGCUGUUUCGUAUUAUGUUUGGUGUAUCGAAGCUCCUGUUUGUAGACUACUGUUUGUUUAUUUCCCUUCUUUUUUAAAUGUACGCGCAUUUCUUUUUUCAGCAUUAUUUGAUUUCAUUUGUUUGUUUGUUUUUUUAACUAUAACCGUCUAGCUAGUACCGACUGUACCACACUGAUGAUGUAUAAUUUCUUGAUCUUCCCCACUUGAUUUGACUGACCGAAAAUGCUCGGCCAAUGGGGAAUUCUAUUUGUCACGAUUAUGGCUGUUGUAUGUUCAUUACUUGGUCCCACUUACGCAGCACAAUCAGCCUGCCCAUCAUUUAGAGCUGGUGAGUGAUUGGCAAAAAAUAGAUUUGGUCUAUUUUUUUUUUUUUUUUUUUUUGUGAUUUUUUUUUUGUGAGGGAAAAAAAUAUAUCCGGUUAACCGUACGACAGAUAGUUUGUGCAACAUUGUGGCUCCUUUACCUCAGUUUGAUUGUGCUCCAUGUCUACUAUUCGUUCAUACUGUUUAUGUAUCCCUCCUCAUCCCGUCUCCCGAUUCAAUGGAAUGUGCUGUUACUCCCUAUUGAUGUACGACGAUUAUCACUAAGCGUUGCCCGGUUUGACGUUUGAUGUGUUUAGAAAAAGAGAGAGGGCCGAGAUUCGUUUGUCUAGAAAAGUGCAUGCUGGCGAUCUCAACUUUGACUGCAACAUGUACAAAAAGAAACAACAACAACAACAACAACAACAACAACAACAAAUCAUCACGAAUUGACGCCUAGCCUUUAGGACUUUGGCCGAUGCGUUUUAAGAAUUUUUAGAUGCACUUUUCUGGUAGCGUAGGUUCAACUUUAUACACGUCAUCAAAAUUCGGUUCUAACGUAUACAUCUUGUCUUUUUGUUUAUGUAUCAAGUGAAUUAAUAACAAAGUUUAUCUUAUUCCUCGCGGGCGUCACUCCAGUAAUGUGUUUCUCGAUUUGCACUGUUUUUUGGUUUUUUUUAUUUUUAUUUUAUUUUAUUUUAUUUUUUUGUGUGUGUGUUUUUGUCCUGUCUUAAAAGGGGAAUGAUCGGCUAAUUCGACCAAAACCCACCUUUUCUUUGAUUGCCUGUUUAUAUAGUUCGAUCCAAUCAUCGUAUACUUCAUACUUUAUUACUGUUCCCCUCCCCCCUAUUUUUCCAGGUCCUCGUCUGUUGUUGAUUAGUUACUUUUUUUCCCUAUAAACCAACUGACUUUUUUCUGAAUUCUUUUUUUUUUUAAAGGAGGUUUUAUUUUUUUCCCACACCUAUUGUGUGAUCACUCUUGUGUUCCGUCACACACCUGCCCUUUUGCCCCCUUGAUACUUAUUCUUGUUUUGCUUCGCGGCAGCAAGUUUCUUAUUUGUGCUUCUUGCGUGUUUGUGUCUUAUUAAACGCUAUUGAAUACCUUU